CAUUAACAAACAUUGAAUAGUCGUGCGAGUUUCAGUUAAAUUGUCUGAUCCAAACACGUUUCUACGUAGCUAGAAGCUAGUUAUUUCUGACGUACCAAGCUUUUUUAUCACUAGAAGCUAGCUGGUUACACUUUUUCUUGCUAAAUGGCUAACUAGCUAGCUCAAGUGAAGCUGUUGGUCGCGGAGUUUGAGAGCUCCAAAAAUAGUGCUCCUACUGUGGCUAUGUAUAUUAGCAAACUCACAAUAUAGCUUUGCGUGGAUUACACUUUGGUCCUGGUCAAGUUAGCAUACAAGGAGUAUUUGUUUCCCACAAAGAACAUGGAAAGGUUUUGGUUUCAGUUUGGAACUUGUAAGACACUGAGGUCAUGCUAGGGCACUCCCAAUAUGUUUUAUGCAAAUUGUGGCACUGCUGUUUGUCAUGUUCACCCGGUACUCUAGGUGAUCACUGACCGAAAGCAGCCAUGUCGUCAACAUCCCAGAAACACAAAGAGUUUGUGGCAGAACCCAUGGGGGAGAAGUUAGUCAAUGCACUUGCUGGCAUUGGAGAGGUGCUUGGCAAGAGACUGGAGGAGAAGGGCUUCGAUAAGGCUUAUGUGGUCCUGGGUCAGUUCCUAGUGCUGAAGAAGGAUGAGGAGCUAUUCCGGGACUGGCUGAAAGAUACAUGCGGGGCCAAUGUCAAACAGCAGGGCGAUUGCUACGGCUGCCUGCGUGAGUGGUGCGAUUCUUUCCUGUAGAGAAGCUAUUUUAUCCAGUUUCAGUUUUUCCAAUUUCUAAAUCCCAAACAUCCAUUUACCUCUACUAUGGUCUCACAUCAACUUACACCUCAUAUGGACUCUCACUGCACAUGAGGAAGUUAAGCAAAGUCGGACGUCGUAAGACCCAGUUAUUUUUUAACUAUAGUCUUAUAGACUUAAGAAUGCUUUUAAAAUCAGUAAGACAUACUUUGCUGCAGUCACCCAUGGGGUUGUUACACCCAACUGUGUAGCUCUGUAAUGCUGAUCUUUUCUAUGAUUCAAAUCUUUGGCUGCACAGAAACGUUAGGAAUGAGCUCAUUUUGGUUUUCCUGCAAUGUGUUAUUUCAAUUUAUUCUCUGUCAAAGGAAAACUUUUAUCAACACGGUCCCUUCACAAAAGUUAUAACUAAUGUUUGUACCCAUCUCAAACUGACUGUUUGCCUGUGCAUUUAUUUAAAUUAACUUAAUAGGAUUUUAAACCAUUUUAUAUACCAGAUAGCUUUAACAUCUGUAGUUAAAAUGUCAAGUUGUUACUGUUCAUUUUUACAAAACAGAGUUCACAGGAAACACUAAGGUGUAAUUGCUCCAUGUUAUCUUGUGUUUGUUUUUGUCAAAGUUGAAGAGAUGCCUCAAUGUUGUAAUACAAUUUUUUUUAAAUCCACGAUCUACUUAAGUUAGCUACCACAAAUCACCUAAUUUUCACACACAAAAUGAAAACCUAAAGUAAACCCACGAAAAAUAGCACUGUUGUUCCAGGAAGUAAUUUCUAGGCAUGCGCGUGUUGCUUGCUAACGUUUAAUUGCUGAAUGAUUGGUUUUUCUGAAAUACUGGUUCAUGUUUUUGUGUUUUGACUGUGAAAGCAUAUUAGUUUUUAUAUUUUUCUUUUGAAAUGAACAAAACCAACUGCAAGAUCUGGACAAUUCUGGGUUUGUUUUGUUUUUGCCAUUUUUGGGGGGGGAAAUAAAAUCACAAAUGAAAUGCAAA